AUGGCCAAUGAGAAUCACGGAAGCCCUGCGGAGGAAGCGUCUCUCAUGAGUCACUCGCCUGGCACCUCCAACCAGAACCAGCCCAGCUCCCCCAAACCCAUGCGCCUGGUACAGGACCUGCCAGAUGAGCUGGUGCAGGCUGGCUGGGAGAAGUGCUGGAGCAAGCGGGAGAAUCGCCCCUACUACUUCAACCGCUUCACUAACCAGUCUCUGUGGGAGAUGCCAGUCCUGGGACAGCACGAUGUCAUCUCAGACCCCCUGGGAUUGAAUGCGGCUCCGAUGCCGCUGGAAGGUGGGAUGAUAGACACCUCUGUGGAGAGCAAGCAGAGGAAGAGGAGGUUCUCUGAGGAGGUUCCACCCAGCGGCAACAGUGUGAAAAAGCCCAAGGUUGAUGUCCCAGGGAAUGCAACUGCUCAGGCAGUCCCCAGCUCACCCAGUAUUCCCGGAACCUCUGUUCUGAAGGCCUGGUGUGUCUCACCUGAAGACAAACAGCAGGCAGCUCUCCUGCGACCAACUGAAGUAUAUUGGGACCUGGAUAUUCAGACAAACGCGGUGAUCAAGCAGAGGGCACCAUCUGAAGUGCUUUCUCCACACCCCGAGGUGGAGCUGCUUCGGUCCCAGCUCAUUCUGAAGCUGCGGCAGCAUUACCGUGAGCUCUGCCAGCAGCGAGAAGGGAUUGACCCCCCAAGGGAGUCCUUUAAUCGCUGGAUGUUGGAGAGGAAGGUGGUUGAUAAAGGGACAGAUCCCCUUUUACCCAGUGACUGCGAACCAGUAGUGUCUCCUUCCAUGUUCAGAGAGAUCAUGAACGACAUUCCCAUCAGGUUAUCCAGAAUUAAGUUCCGGGAGGAGGCCAAGAGGCUGCUCUUCAAGUAUGCUGAGGCUGCGAAGCGGCUGAUCGAGUCCAGGAGUGCUUCACCAGACAGCAGGAAGGUGGUGAAAUGGAAUGUGGAGGACACCUUCAGCUGGCUGCGACGGGACCAUUCUGCCUCCAAGGAGGACUUCAUGGUCUGUAUCCCGCUGCGCAGGGCACAGGGGGCCGGGAGGGGGCCGGGGGAGGGUGCCCUGCAGAAGGCUCGACGGCUCUCCGUG